CUAACUGCAUUUGCCAUCCUCUUCGGAUCUCCAAACAAAUCCAACAAAACCAACGCUCUCUACAAACCAAAUGCUGCUGCCAAUGCCAUCCACGCCAUGACCAUCCACGUUCGUCGCAUCCCGCGCGCCGCCGCCGCCAUGAGCGCCACCGCCGCCGCCAUCUCGCGUCGCAUUCCCAACCGCUUCAUGGCGAGGCCGCCGCCGCCGCACUUCCGCCGCCUGACGAAAACGCACCGUCCUCCGACGCCGCCAAUGCCCGUCGUUUCGUUCUCCUCCUCUUCCUCUUCCUCUCCCUCUCCCUCUCGCAAGUCCGGCUUCGUGGCUUGGUAUCUGCGCAUGCUCCAAUCUCACCCCCUCGCCACCAAGAGCGUCACCUCCUCCAUUAUCUUCGCCGCUGCUGACGUCACCUCCCAGAUUAUAACAUUGCCCUCUUUUUCUGCUUCCUACAAUAUACUGAGGACAUUCCGAAUGGCAGCAUAUGGGUUGCUAAUUUUGGGGCCAUCACAGCACAAUUGGUUUAAUUAUCUAUCCAAAAUUUUACCCAACACAGAUGUGACAUCAACGUUGAAGAAAAUCUUAAUGGGGCAAGUUAUAUUUGGUCCUGUGAUCAAUACUGUCUUCUUCACCUAUAAUGGUGCUCUUCAAGGUGAAAGUGGACCUGAAAUCAUUACCAGGUUGAAGCGAGAUCUACUUCCUACAUUGUUAGGUGGUGCACUCUUUUGGCCCGUUUGUGAUUUUGUUACCUUCAGAUUCCUUCCAGUCCAUUUACAGCCACUGCUUAAUAGUUCCUGUGCAUAUGUAUGGACCAUAUAUUUAACAUAUAUGGCAAACCGAGGGUGACCAAUGCUUGGCUUUUGUAUACGUGCCGUUGCUUAGAAGAUCUGUUGGCAGAGAGAUAUUUGACUGAGAUUCAAGAAUCUUUGUAGUUGCAAGUUUCUUAAUUUCAUAUUUAUUCAAUUCUUUAUGUAUAUAGCAUACACUUUAUAUUCUUAGUUUUCUCUUUAAUUUGAAAGGAAGUGACUUUUUUUCUUGAUAAUUAUAGAGGUAAACAGAGAUAAAAGUCAUGCUUUACACUCUUAAAUUGUUGUUUCUGUCUGUCACUGGUAGGAGUAGGUCUCUACUUUGACCUCUUUUUCUCCAGUAACCUGGACUUAUUAAAUGUCAAAUUAAUUUGUUACGUAUUUUAAAUAUUAAUAAUUAGUGUUUUUUUUUA